AUGGCUGACAGACUCAGAGUCUUACCUUUGAUAAUUUUAGGGAAGCUUCAAAAAACUGGUCCUUGAGACCAAGAGUAACAAUAUAUUACUCACUCUCCUAAAUACAUAGCAACCGGAAGCGUCUUUAGUGAGAAAAGGAAACAAAAUUAUGCGCAGGUGAUCUUCACAAUAAUUGGAAGUUAGGUUUAUGACGAAACCUUUUUUCUCAUCUGGAAUUAAUCCAUUCUUUUUUCUGCAAGUCAUAAGACUUCUGCGGUAACUUAAUCAUAGCACCGAGGCGCACUGAUCAACCGCUGAAAAUAGAAUCCGCUAGUUUCACCUUCAAACUUUGAGAAAAGCUCGAACUUCAAAACUUUCAGGCUACUAUAAACAAGAUAAAUUGUUUUCCAAGUAAAGUAUUACGUAACGAGAUAAACUCAUUUUCAUUUUGUGACGCCCAGAAAGUCACUUGAUCUGAAGGAUGCUGGAGAAAGGUUCAAAUGGUUCAGUGAAAAUAUAAAAUAUUUAAAAUUAUUUUUUUCAGAUCGGAGGCAAAAAAAUACCGUUGUAUUUUUUUGAAGGAAAUCGAAAUAAGCUACGUCGCAAAUCUAACCAAAUAGUGAGUUUGAGAUUUGAGAAGAAGGGAAAAGGCUUUUUAGCGUUUCAUCUUCGACCGAGGAUGACCCCAAAAACUCUGGACGGAAAACGGUUACCGCUGUAAGGAAUUCUUUCAAGUGAAGAAAUAAAUUAAUAAAUUAUUUGAACCAAAUUUACUGUGAUUAAAAAUAUGAUUCUGGCUGGGUAGACUGACUUUUCAAAAUUAUAAGCACUGGAAAAAUCAAAAAAAUGUUGAAAACAUUUUUUUCAUUAAGUCGUUGUCUUAUUUCAGAGAAAAAAGCAAUGAAAGAUUUUCGACGAGGAAAAGAUAUUUCAAUGCAAAAACCGUUUUGUAAAAUCAACAAAAACUACUUUCACCUAGAAGAUUUUAGCCAAGUCGACCCAUCUCGGAUUCGAACAGCGAUGAGAAAUUACUAAAAUCUGGAAAACGAAAGAAACAAAAUUCAUCAAAAGACAUUUGCCGCGACUCUCUGGAAGAUUCUUCGGAUAACGCCCUUGCAGAUCCCACGAAGUUCAUCUUUUCAAAAUUAUGAAUUCUUAAAGCGAAUUCCUUCUGACUUGAAAGGCGAUAUGAGUAGAUUGGCAAGAGUGACGCGUUGCGUACGCGACGCGGCUGUCGGCGGGAAAUUGCCGGUCUAAGAUGUGUCUCUUUUAUCGUCUUUCUCUUUUCGGAUUGAUAAUCGAACACUUUUCUCAUUUUGCAUGGUUUUGGAAUUUUUGUUUGAUGAAUACGAAAGCGUUUUGUUAGCCAGUCUGGUCAUUUAGCCUUUCCAGUUAAAAAAUUGACUAUGAAAGGGAUUGAAUUCGCAGAGGAAUUCCGACAGUCUUGACGCCGGUGCCGAAAGCCAUGCGGGAGAUGAUCGCGAAAAAGAAUGAAAAGAAAGUUCGAAUAGUAAUAAAUCAGCCACCUCCGAAAACGAGUUUGAAGCUUUUUUUGAACUCAAACAAGAAAAGUUUCAGGCUCACCCAGCGGUCAAACGGUGACUUUAGACGAUUUUCGAGCUAUUAUCUUCGUUGAUAUCACUAUUUACUAUUACAGGAGUUCCGACGGCAAGGUUGGUUUAUGAAAAACAAGAUGAUGGUCCUUCAACUAAAUCGGAGUGUCAUGGACCAGAAACUUCGAAAAAAAAAGAAGCCUCUUCUGAUUUUGGAAUAACGGCUGUACAAAACUGACUCGAAAAUUUGUUCAAAGAUAUAUCAAAUGAGCUGUAGCGAACCUUCGGAUUGCUACCUUGCCAGUUUUCAUCACUUUUGAGUUCAAAAAGCCUUUUUCUACAAUAUGAAAAAAAGUAAACUAAAUUUGAAUAAAGUUCUGUGAAAAUUUUUUUGAAUCCUUCAAAAAAAUGAACCUCAAUUUUGCUGUGAACAGCUUCCGAAAAAGUUUAUAUAUGAAAAAAACUUAAACUUCUUUGAUUUUUUUCUCUGAAUUCAUGUAUCAUAAUCUUUCUCUAAAAAAAUAUCUUUUGCCUGUUUCAAAAUAAAAAAAUUAUCGAUAUUCUGUCCCAAAUUGUGAUGCCUUGAGGCCUCCUAUGAAGUUAUAGUUUUUAUGAGUUUCCGUUUCAGGAAAGAAGUCGAAAAGUUACGAUGGAAGUGGUCGUGGACACGCCGAUUUCGGAGACCCUCACUUCGGCCAUCGAACGAUGCACUUCCAUUUCAAUGUUAUUUUUUAAUUUUCAUACUUUUUCGAAGAAAGAACAAGAUAUUUCCAGUGGAAGCGUCCUGAAAGGCCAGCUUCUCCUGCGAAAGAAUAAAAUUCGGAAACCCCUUGACCCGAAGUCAGAAAGUCUUCCUUAUUCCUCAAAAGUGCAAAAAAAUUCAGCGAGGUCAAAACCUUCAUGGACGUGGUUGAAAAUCAUAACAAAGUCAUUCUUCUCUUCGAUACAGUCGGAAGAGAUUCCGUGGUUGGUUUUGAAGGAAGUUUUAUUUGGAAGAAUGGUCUAAAAUGGGAAAUUAUAACUUUCAAAGAUUCUUAGCUUUUGCAAAGAUUCCGUAAAUUUGACUCACGAAUUAAAACUCGUGAAUUUGAAAACUUAACUCACCAUGGUUCAAAACUCGGUAGCCGCACGUGGAAUGGUUUCAAGCGUCGCUUUAACAGUCGACACAACAUAAUAUUUUUUGAUUCCGUGCGUAAGUAGUUUUGAGUCGGUCACGUUCAAAGAACUACCCAGCCAUUACGAGUCAAACUAAUUUCAGUUUGAUCUUGAGUGUUUUAAUUUAAAUUAACUAUCAUUUAUUACGACUUCAACAUCCCGAUUCAGACCACAGUUUUUGCAGACGAACGAUGCUACGAAAUGGGUGGUAACGAAAAAGACGCAUUUCAAGCAGCAAAGCUAACAAUUUCUACAUUUGGAAACAAAUAA